UAUCCAGAUACUUUCAGAAUUUCUAUUUAUCUCUUUUUGGUCUGAACGGAACCUAGAAUCUAUAAUAUAAAUCAAAAUGAGGUUGUCCAAGAAGUCAAGAAUAGGUAUUUUUCAUCAAAUUUCACCAGCAUAACUCGGUGAAGCCUCGCUGGAUUUUAUAUAUUAAAAUUUUGACUUAACAUAUUGCUCUAAUGUUUAAGAGCGAUUCAUCAAAAAUACUUAUAAUUUUUGAUAAAGUAGUUUGAAAGAGCUAUUUUCAGAAUAAGUUAAGGGAUUCUUGAAAACUCUAAGAAAAUAUAGCCUUAGGAAUACCACCAGAAAUUACAUUUUGCCUUAUCCGAAUGCUAAUUUGGUAUAUAGAAUCCCAGAGAAUAUCACCAUCGAGACUGUUGCUCUCGAAUCAAGAGAAGAGGACACCUCUUCCUGAUAUCCAAACUCCAAAGAAUCAAUUCAAAAUAUCAAAGAUUAAUAAUCUAAAUAUGUCUGCGAUGAAAAAGAGUGGGAACCAUUUAGAUUUUGGACAUCUUGAGAGCAAUUUCUUAACAAAAAGAGGUAUCUCGAGUAGCAUAUGAGUUUAUUCAGACCAAAUUUCAUCUCCUACUCUUCAAAAAGAGAAGGUAAAGAGGCUGCUGCAACGACUUACUGGAGGAAGACACACUGAGAACCUCAAGAGUUACAGCCUAUGUGUUGGAACUCAGUCUCAGAAUCCCUCAGAAGCAGAUAUGAACAAGAGCCAGUUGACUCAGCAGGAGAAAUUUGGCAGCAAAUUAAUCUCCAAGAAAAUCAAACCUAGAAGAAGAAUCAAGAAGAACUCUCUAAUGGAUUCCUUGAUGAACUACAAGAUUCAAGAUAUCAGUAUUUUUAAUGAUUCUGAGAAGGACCAACAGCGAUCUCGGAAAAUUAACCUGAAAAAGAGCAUUGAUUACUCGCAAUUGUUGAAGAGUACACCUCGGAAAAUAAAUCAGGAGAGACGUAAGCUGAACCGCUUCAAAAGAACUAUUAAGGAUCUUAUUAAUUUACAAACAGACAGGAAAGUGACUAUUAGUGAGGAAUUCAGCUUACAAGACAUAAUGUUUAGCAAAAUUAGCACAUAA